AUGCGUCAGCCCGGUUUGAUUCAUGUGGAUGGAUGGUCCCUCUGCAAUGACACUGAGAUUGGUUUUGAUAACAGGGCCAGUGGAGCACGAGAAACAAAAUGGACAAUCACUGGCAAACCUAAUGGAGUCUUGUACUUUAUCACCUUCAUAAAACACUCUGUUUCUCCUGUUCCCCACACGCACCCGCACAAUCCGCCUGGCUGUUAUGCAAGCUUGCAUGGAAGAUACCACGAGCUGGCUCCACAUUUGGUUCCAAUGGACUACACCAACGACCCUGAUGUUAAAAUCCCUUUAGCCCUCAUAGUCAACAUGCCGGAACUGAAGGAGAAUCCGUUCAGGAAUCGGAUUGUGGAAUCAUUCUCUGAAGACGGCCAGGGGAACCUCAGCUUCAACGACUUUGUGGACAUGUUUUCAGUACUCAGUGAAAUGGCUCCCAGAGAACUGAAAGCCAUUUUUGCUUUUAAAAUAUACGACUUCAAUGUGGAUAAUUACAUCUGCAAGGAGGACUUGGAAAAGACUCUAAACAAGUUAACGAAGGAGGAGCUAACACCAGAGGAGGUUAAUCUGGUGUGUGAGAAGGCCAUUGAGGAGGCCGACCUGGAUGGAGACAACAAGCUCUCCUUUGCCGACUUUGAGAACAUGAUCUCCAGGGCGCCUGACUUUUUAAGGCCUUUUUGGACUGCACAGCUGUGCCUCACUGACCACGUGAUUGAGAGGGACAGGAAGGAUUUGUACCAUCAUUUGGAGACCUGGAUGCCAAAAAAAUCUAGAAUUGCUUUCAGCAGCUGUCAUUCAAAGAGAGAAUUACUUUCUUGA